UAGGUAUAAACCGUAUAUAUAUAAAUAUUAGGUAUCACAAGCUAAUUAAGUCCAAAAAAUUAGGUUCCCUCCACUAUUUCUUCCCUACUCCUUAGCAUUCAUUUGACUGUUGACAAAAUUACAUCAAUGAUUAGGUCAUACCUCAUCAAGCCAAAGUAAAUUCCCACAAACCACAAGGGCAUUACGGUAACUUCACACCUUCACUUGCAAUAAAAUAUAUUCAUUACAGUUGAUGAAAACGUAGCAGAUAUUUGUAUUAAAUUGAAUUUUCCCAUGAAAACAGACAAGAUUUCUUAGGCUGCAUGUGCAAGAGAUCUGCUCCCUUUUGUAUUUACCCACAAAGUCUUCUUCCCCCCUUUGUUUGAUUCUUGAUCAACUUUUUAUUCUCUCUCAACCCUAAAAAGUCAGACUCAGAAUUGACUAAUCGAAAUUAGGCAGCCACAAGAUUUUUUUUGGUCAAAAAAUAAAUUCUUUGAAAUAUGUCAGAUUCUUCUUCUUCUUCUUCUUCUUCUUUAACUAAUAGUAAUUGGCUCUUUGCACUAAGGUUCUUUACUCGCAUGCGACGGCUCCUCCACUCAAGGCCGACCAAUAAGCAGCUUCAACCGCCGCAGACGGCGGAGGAGAAGCCUAUUGUUGUGGAUAUGGUGGUUGUGUGUAAAGAAGCUGAGAUUGAAGAGAGGAGGGAGGAAAUAUUGGAUGAUCAUCGUCUGCAGAAGUGUGUGAAGAUGCUUCAUUUUGGGGGGUGGGAUGAUAAAGAAGCGGCGGCGAAGGAGAUUAAGGAGCUGGCGGAGGAAGGGCUGAAGCGCCGGAAAAUUACCAUGGCGGAGCUGGGUGUUAUUCCGCCGCUGGUUGCCAUGGUUGGCUCGGAGGUGGCGGCGCGUCAGAUGUUGGCUGUUCGGGCGUUGAUUGAGCUCGCCAAUGGUUCUUUCACGAACAAGGCUCUAAUGGUGGAGGCAGGAAUCUUGUCACGAAUACCCGAUGACAUCACGACAACCCUAGACGAGACAGCUAAGCGAGAAUUCGCACAGCUCCUCUUGUCGAUUUCCGCACUAGCCAACAGCCAAUUCUCCCUCACCUCAUCAAGAAUCAUUCCAUUAAUAGUCUCCAUUCUCGAAUCUUGCUCAACUAUCGAGACCAAAGAUUCUUGCUUGACAGCGUUGUACAAUCUGUCUUCGGUUCUAGAAUAUUCCGGAAGCUUGAUCGCUAAAGGGGUCGUCGACAUUUUAAUUAGGCUCUCCUCGAUAAAAGAAGCUUCCGGAAAGGCCUUAGCAACUCUAGGUAACCUAGUCGUAACCCUAGCAGGAAAAAAAGCACUCGAGCAAAACCCGAUGAUACCCGAGUGUUUUAUCGAGGUUAUGACAUGGGAAGAUAAUCCGAAAAGCCAAGAGUUGUCGGCUUAUAUUUUGAUGAUUUUAGCCCACCAAAGCUCGUCGCAGAGGCAGAAAAUGGCCAAGGCUGGAAUUGUGCAAGUGCUUUUAGAAGUGGCACUUUUGGGUAGUCCGCUUGCUCAGAAGAGGGCUUUGAAGAUAUUGCAGUGGUUUAAAGACGAGAGACGAAUGAGAGUGGGCCCACAUUCGGGCCCGCAGGUGGGGAGGGUUGUGAUUGGUUCGCCGGUGAAUCGGAGAGAUGUCGAUCAAGGGAAGAUUUUGAUGAAGAAAAUCGUGGAGCAGAGUUUGUAUAAGAAUAUGGAGACGAUUACUACUCGAGCCAACGGUGAUGGCGAUUCUUCGAAGCUUAAGGCUUUGGUGAUUAGUUCGAGUUCUAAGAGCUUACCUUACUAAGUACAUGAUGCCUUUCUUUUCGGGCUUUUUUUUUUUUUUUUUUUUUUUUGAGGUUUAGAAUCCUCAACAAAGGGAAAAGGAUGACUUGAUCUUCUUACAUUGCACUUCUGGUGCAAAAGAAAAGAAGUGUUUGUUGAUUUUGAUUGUAAAUUAAAGGGGAUUUUCAGUAUUUUACUUUUGCUUUAUUAAAAUUGUGGAAUUAUGAAUUA